CACUGUGACACCUGAACGCAGCGUAACGUCCGGCAGCUGCCACGUCAUCAGACGCUCCGUCACCACCAACAACAUCCAACAUGGCGGCGUCCGCCCGGGAGAAGCAGACAGUGGCUCUGAAGCGAAUGCUGAAUUUUAAUGCUCCUCCUCUGAACAACACGGCGGCAGAACCGGUGUGGAAGGUGCUGAUCUAUGACAGGUUUGGACAGGACAUCAUCUCUCCUCUGCUGUCCGUCAAAGAACUGAGGGACAUGGGCAUCACACUGCACCUUUUGCUUCACUCGGACCGUGACCCGAUCCCUGAUGUUCCUGCCGUUUACUUCGUCAUGCCCACAGAGGAGAACAUCGACAGGAUAUGUCAGGACCUGAGGAACCAGCUGUAUGAGUCCUACUACCUCAACUUCAUCUCCGCCAUCAGUCGCAGUAAACUGGAGGACAUCGCCAGCGCUGCCCUGGCUGCGAAUGCUGUCAGCCAAGUCACCAAGGUUUACGACCAGUACCUGAACUUCAUCACCCUGGAAGACGACAUGUUCAUCCUGUGUCACCAGAACAAAGAGCUCAUCUCCUACCAUGCCAUCAACAGAGCGGACAUCCAGGACACGGACAUGGAGGCCAUCAUGGACACCAUCGUGGACAGUCUGUUCUGUUUCUUCGUCACUUUGGGGGCGGUGCCCAUCAUCCGCUGUCCCCGUGGAAACGCUGCAGAGAUGGUCGCCGUGAAGUUGGAUAAGAAGCUGCGUGAAAACCUGCGCGAUGCCAGGAACAGCCUGUUCACCGGAGACAACAUGGCCGCCGGACAGUUCAGUUUCCAGAGGCCUCUGUUCGUCCUGGCUGACCGUAAUGUGGACAUGGCCACGCCCCUCCAUCACACCUGGACCUAUCAGGCGCUGAUCCACGACGUCCUGGACUUCCACCUGAACCGGGUCAUGAUGGAGGAGGGAGCGGGGGCGGAGCCUUCGCCCUCCGGCGCCAGACCGAAAAAGAAAAACAGGAAGAGCUACGACCUGACGGCGGCCGACAAGUUCUGGCAGAAACACAAGGGCAGUCCUUUUCCAGAAGUGGCCGAGUCAGUUCAGGAGGAGUGCACGUACAGAGCACAAGAAGAUGAAGUCAAACGUCUGAAGAGCAUCAUGGGUUUGGAAGGAGAAGACGAAGGCGCCAUCAGCAUGUUAUCAGAUAACACCGCCAAACUCACCUCCGCCGUCAGUUCUCUGCCCGAGCUGUUGGAGAAGAAACGACUGAUCGACCUGCACACCAACGUGGCCACGGCCGUCCUCGACCACAUCAAGAGUCGUAAACUGGACGUCUACUUUGAGUACGAGGAGAAGCUGAUGAGUAAAUCGACUUUGGACAAGUCUCUGUUGGACAUCAUCAGCGACCCGGACGCUGGGACGCCCGAAGACAAGAUGAGACUGUUCCUCAUCUUCUACAUCACCGGCCAGCAGCCGCCAUCAGAGUCGGACCUGGAUCAGUAUAAAAAGGCUCUACUGGACGCCGGCUGUGACCUUUCACCUCUCAACUACAUCAAACAGUGGAAAGCCUUCACCAAGAUGGCCGCCACCCCGGCCAACUACGGCAACAGCGGCGUCAAACCCAUGGGUUUGUUUUCCAGAGUGAUGAACACCGGCUCCCAGUUUGUGAUGGAGGGAGUGAAGAACCUGGUGCUCAAACAACAUAACCUUCCUGUCACUCGGAUCCUGGACAACCUGAUGGAGAUGAAGUCACAUCCUGAAACUGACGACUACCGAUACUUCGACCCAAAGAUGCUGCGAGGCAGUGAGAGCUCCAUUCCCAGAAACAAGAACCCAUUCCAGGAGGCCAUCGUUUUCGUGGUGGGAGGAGGAAACUACAUUGAGUACCAGAACCUGGUGGACUACGCCAAGUCCAAACAGGGUAAGAAGGUGAUCUACGGCUGCAGUGAACUCUUCAACGCCGCCCAGUUCAUCAAACAGCUCGCUCAGCUCGGACAGAAGUGACCACGCGGACCCACCUGUGACCCUUCCUCUGUUUUCUAUAAACUCUGACCCCUGACCUCUGACCUCUGACCUGUAAAUGACUAAACUCUCCUCGUCGUCUGUUUCUUCACUGAUAUUAAACCUGAACAUGAUCUGAA